AGUCUGAUUCAGAGAACUGAGGCCAGUCAAGUGGGUAUAGAACAUUUGUCCAAAUGAAUGAAGGGAAGCCCAAAGCCAAAGUCCACAAUCAAGCUCUGCCUGGAAGACAACAUUGGGGGCUUAAAACACCAAACACCGUCUUGGUCUCAGCAGAUGUCUCUAAAGUCCUCAGUGAUGGAUCUGAGUCUGUGACUACACCUCCUGGUGGCGGACCCAGGACUGCAGGCGCGCCAGUCCUGCUGAGCGGUCUGGAGGAUCAGACAGUGAUGGACGGCAGCCUCGCAAGGAUGACCGUGGACGUAACAGGUGAUCCUAAGCCCAGUGUCUUCUGGUUGCAUAAUGGGAAAGAGAUCAUGGAGUCGGAGGACUUUCAAUUCAGACAAAAUGGGAAUGAAUGCCAACUCUGCAUUCAGGAUGUCUUCCCAGAAGAUUCUGGGAAAUACAUAUUUGUGGCCUGGAACCAUAAAGGUGUUGUGAGAACCGAAGCAAAGCUCCUAGUGCAAGAGCCGGCGGGUGGCACGCGGCCAUGGUUCAUCAUCCGGCCGAAGCCAGUGGUGACGGCAGUCCCGGGCCGGCACGUCCUCAUCUCCUGUGCCAUCGCCGGGGACCCAUUCCCAGAGUUCCGCUGGGCGAAAGAUGGAGUGGACUUGGCGUCUGGAGGGGAGCUGAGGCUGGUUCAGAAGAGGAACGUCGUCUCACUGCUCAUUAGGAGAGUCGCAUCACACCAUGCAGGACAGUAUCACAUCAGGCUCAGGAACUCUGUUGGCCAGUCCAGCUGCACGGUCAUGCUGUCCAUCCGCCAAGCGCCGGACCUUUGCAACAGAGGCCCACCCCUUCACUCCGGAGGGGUUUCGGUGGGAGUUGGACUCGCGGACAGGACCGUAAGAGUCAGUGAGCCUGAGAGCUGCAGAGGGAGCAGGACCUCCAGUCAGCCCCAGCAAGCCCGCCACCAGCCCCAGCAGAGGCCGUCCCAGCAGCAGCAGGCAGAGCGGGACUCUAGCAGCCACCUCCAGGUCCACACAUCCCACCCAGGGCACCAGGACCACCAUAGCCCCAGGCCCCUGCUAAGGAGGCACGUGCACACCAGGCAGUGCAGCGAAGAGCAGGUCCGCGAGCAUCAGCCCAAGCAGUGGGACUUUCGCUCGCUGCUCAUACACUGCCACGCCACAAAAUCAGAGGUAAACACAGACGCAGGCCACAGCUGCCACCAGCACUACCACUACGCGCAGGACGUCUGUCGGGAACAGGAGCCCAAGGACGCCACCAUGAGCAUGGACUUCAGGUCCCAGCUGAAGAAGUCAGGGGUGCGGCCCAGUCCCAUUCCCAAGGCUGAGGCCGCCGCGCCCGUGAAGGACUUCAGGGCGAUGUUGGGGAAGAAGGGGGGCGACUCCCCCAAAGCGGGCCCGGCCGGUAGCGGGCCCGGCGACUUCAGGGCGAUGCUGAAGAAGCCGGCCCCUGGCGCCGAGAAGAACGACGCCAAGGACCAGACCCCAACGCCCAAAGCCCCGGUCGCCAAGGACAAGCAGAACGGCAUCAAUGGCGUGCCGGAGAAGAAGGACACACCGGCACCGGAGAAGAAGGGGACGGCGGCGGCACCAGCCCCGGAGAAGAAGCCAAGCGCCGCGGACGCGGACAAGAAGCCGGCGGCAAGCGCCGCGCCGGAGAAGAAGCCGGCCCCUGCGGGAAAGCAGCCCAACUUCACCCAGACGCCCAGCGACGUCAGCGUGGUGGAGGGCCAGCGGCUGCAACUGCAGUGUGAGGUGACCUCUGACCCCGCCGCCACCAUCACUUGGUCAUUAGACGGCAAAGUCAUCAAGCCUUCCAAAUUCAUUGUGCUAUCUCAGGAAGGAGGCAAGUGUUCUUUCACCAUUGACAAGGCCUUGCCAGAGGAUGCUGGCCGAUACACGUGUAAAGCCGAGAAUGCAGCAGGGAAAGCGGAGUGCUCCUGCAAAGUCAUGAUCUCUGAACCCUCAGAUGCCGCCUCUGGAGACAAGAAGUCUGCACCUACAACAGAGAAUGAGGCCCUUAUAAAGAAGAAACAAGCCCCCAAAUCUCCAACCAAACAGGGCUCUGGUCCUCAGGUCACCCAGUUCCCAGGUGACCUGAAGAUCCUGGCUGGGAAGAAGGUGGACCUGCUGUGCAACUUCACAGGGGCCGGACCCAUCACCUGCACCUGGAUGAAGUUCAAGAAGCCGAUCCAGUCAGGAAGUGGAGGCAUCACCAUAGAGACCACAGAGAACAGCAGUCAGCUGACCAUCGUUGCGAGCGACCCAGACCACAGCGGCUGCUACAUCUUGGAGCUGCAGAACAAGUUUGGCACCAAGCAGGCCUCCUGUAACCUCACUGUCGUAGACAAGCCUGAUCCUCCAGCUCGUGUCCCAGCGGUCUCAGACAUUCGUGAAUCCUCCCUCACCCUCUCGUGGUAUGGCCCCACGUACGAUGGCGGCAGCAUCGUGCAGUCGUACAACCUGGAGAUCUGGAACUCAGUGGAUAAGAAAUGGACAGAGCUGGCAUCGUGCAACAGCACCUCAUAUUCCGUCCAGAAACUGCUCCAGGACCGGCAGUACAAGUUCCGCGUGCGGGCCGUCAACAUGUACGGAGCAGGGGAGCCUAGUGCAGAAUCUGUGCCUACUACUGUGGGAGCGGACAAGAUGAAAGAGACAAAGGAAGAAGAAGUUGAGGCUGCAGAUGAUGAUGAUGAUAAGGAGCCGGAAUACAGACAUGUGGUUGUGAAGAAAGACUGCAAUGUUAAGGAACUUUAUGAAGUGCAGGACAGACUGGGAACGGGCAAAUUCGGACAGGUCUAUAAACUAGUCGAGAAGUCCACGAAAAAAGUGUGGGCUGGGAAGUUCAUCAAGGCCUUCUCUGUUAAGGAAAAGGACAACGUCCGACAGGAGAUCGACAUCAUGAACAGCCUCCACCACCCGAAGCUGGUGCAAUGUGUGGACGCAUUCGAGGGCAAGUCUGACAUAGUCAUGGUCAUGGAGAUAAUCUCUGGUGGCGAGCUGUUUGAUCGCAUUGUGGAUGAGGACUUCGAGCUAAGUGAGAGAGAGGUGAUCAAAUACAUGCUGCAGAUCAUCGAUGGCGUGGCCUUCAUUCACAAGCAGGGCAUUGUCCACUUGGACCUUAAGCCAGAGAACAUCAUGUGCCUCAACAAGACAGGCAGCAAGAUCAAACUCAUUGACUUUGGCCUUGCCAGGCGGCUAGAUAGUGCUGGUGGACUGAAGGUUUUGUUUGGAACUCCUGAGUUUGUGGCUCCAGAAGUGAUCAACUAUGAGGAGAUUGGCUACUCCACAGAUAUGUGGAGCAUCGGGGUCAUCUGCUAUAUCCUGGUCAGUGGUCUGUCACCUUUCAUGGGCGACACUGACAACGAGACACUGUCCAACGUCACCUCCGCCACCUGGGACUUUGAGGACGAUGCCUUUGACGAGAUCUCCGAGGAGUGCAAAGACUUCAUCAGCAGUCUCCUGAAAAAGUCCAUGAGGGCUCGUCUGACCUGUCCACAGUGUCUGGAUCACAAAUGGCUGAAGCAGGAUACGGCCAAAAUGGAGGCCAAACAGCUGUCCAAGGACGCACUGAAGAAGUACAUCUUGAGGCGCAAGUGGCAGAAAACAGGAAAUGCUGUGCGCGCCAUCUCCAGAUUCCACUCCAUGGGGAUGCUGGGUGGAGUCGGGCCAAAGAAAUCGCCCACGGCCGAGGAUACCCCGGCUCCGUUCCUGGAGUGUGCGGAGGAUGAGACUCGGCCUCCUGCUCCACCCACCUUCACUAAGGUCAUCCGUGACGUGGAAGUGGUGGAGGGCAGUGCUGCUCGAUUUGACUGCAAGAUUGAGGGCUGCCCUGACCCAGAUGUGGUGUGGUACAAGGAUGACCAGCCCAUAAAGGAGACGCGCCACUUCCAGAUCGACUACGAGGAGGACGGCCACUGCAGCCUGGUCAUCUCGGAGGUCUGCCCCGAAGACGACGCCAAGUACACCUGCAAGGCCGUCAACAGCCAGGGAGAGGCCAGCUGCACUGCAGAGCUCAUGGUGGAGUUUAUGCAGGAGGAAGGCGAGGAGGGCGAAGGAGGGGAGGAAGAGGGCGAGGAAGAGGAGGAGGAGGAAUAAAGAGAUGGAAGAAGAGAAGAGAAUAAGGAGAUGACGCAAAGUGGACACUAAAAAGGGGGCGAUGAUUUCCUCCCGACUUAAAGCUCUUACCUUUACUGUGCUCUUACUGCAGACCACAUGCCUUCUUUAACUUUUGUGCACUUUUGGUCUUUCUUACUUAAGAACAUUGAUUGGUUGAUUAGCGAGUUAAACGAUUGAGUGACAGAUUGAUCAAUCAAAUGUUUUCUUUCCCCCAAGACUAGACAUUCCUUUCUGUGCCUUGUUGAUAACCAGUCUAAUAACCAAUAAUCCAUCUGUUUUUUUUAUGAUUCAAACAGAUUUAACAUGCAUGCAUGCGUUUAGUAUAUAUUUUUAUGUAUCAGGAAGUAUGAGAUGUGUCAAGAGAUAGUUUAAAAAAUAACCUCUAAUAUUUUACCAUUAUGCACAAUUUUCAACAAUUUAAUCCAGUCUUCUCAUAUACCCUGUAACAAGAUAAGUCGUCAGGCCUGUAUUGGAUGUCUCCUUUCACCCACUGUUGUUCUUUGCAUGUAAUAUUCAGGCAUAACCCACUUUCCUUGUCUACUGAAAAACAGUAGAACAACUAUUAGAGGGCCUAUGCAAUAUUCAGAUAUGAGCUUGGUGUUUGCACUGGGUUUGUGAAUGUUAUUUAGACGUGCCUGGAGACAUCACUGUGUAAAAAUAAUCAAACACUCUAUCUUUGGUGUGAAUUGGCUGACACCAGUCCUAAUUAAUCUUUUUAUUAUGAAGUUAACAUUUCAGUUAGACUUAUUUGUGAUGUGCUGGAUUGUUUCAAAGGAAAGUGAGCGUUGGGUUUUUGCUGCUCUGUGUGAAAAUCACAAAUCUUCUGAUCUUUGUCUUCGAUUGAUUUGCUUCUGCUUGUGCACUUGAGUCUUUUUGAAUAUCAUUAUGUUACACUCUUAAUGGUGCAGAUCUAUCCAUCCUCUGUUGAAUGUAUUGUUUGUAAUCUCCGUCCUCUGGUUCUCUCGCGUGUUAGCAGCUAGGUCGGUCCCAUAGAGUAGAUUUGAGUUUGGCUGAGAGUAUCCCAUAGGAAUCCCAUAGGUGAGCAAAUUCAUGCUUUAUUCAUUUGUUUGUACAGGACUGCUCAGUCGUGCUGAGUGCACUCGUGAAACCUAGCAUACUCUCUAAUUAUGAAUAAGUAAUACAAAAUUGUUUACCUAUUCAGUUAAACAUUAGUAGUACCGUAAGUGUCUGUUCCUAUUGUCAUUAAUAACAUCAUUAUAGAGUAAGGCUUGAUACUAUUAGGUUACAAAAAAGUAAUUUGUGUGGCAUUUAUCUCACAGAAAAAGAACCUGUUAUUUUAUUUCAUAUUUAAGACUAACUGACGCACUGUCCACUUGAUUAAACCUGAAUAUUUCGGA